UAGAAGCACUCUUUUCCUUUUGCUGCUUACCAAGUUUGCGGUGGACAUCUGGGAUUUCUAUAUGGGAUGCACUAUAUACGCAGCCAGUUCUGAGGGGCCUUCAGUGGAGGGGCCCGAGCCACAGAGACGCCCCCAUGGUCACAGCACCAGGACCUGUCGCACCCAUGACCGGCUUAAGACCAUGAGUGAUCAGCAAGAUCAGACUGAAGACAUCAAGCUCGUAACAGCUCACAAUCUGUCAGAGCUCCCCAAGGACGAUGACACACACAGCCCUACACAUUUCAGUGUGCACCUAAUAGAUGACCUGUCAUUUGAGGAUCUUAAGAAAUGCUAUCGUGGAUCUACCGUGAGCAAGUACAAUGCACAGUACCACAAGCUCUUCCAGAGUGUUCCCAAAGAUGAGCUGCUCAUGAAAGUGUACUCCUGUGCCCUAAUGCGAGAUAUACUGCUGCAAGGCCGACUCUACAUAUCCCGAAACUGGCUGUGUUUCUACGCCAACAUCUUUGGUAAAGACAUCAAGGUGGCCAUUCAGGUUGCGUCUGUACGGUUGGUGAAGAAACAUAAGACAGCGGGUCUUGUGCCUAAUGGUUUGGCUAUCACCACAGACAGCAGUCAAAAGUAUGUGUUUGUAUCUCUGCUGUCCAGAGACAGUGUGUAUGAAGUGUUGAGACGCAUCUGCACACAUCUACAGGUCAAUGGUAAGAAGAUCCUCAGCAUCAAGCAGUACAUGGAGGAGCCCACUGCUAUAUCUCUGGAUGAAUUCCCUGUUCCUGAAGUGUUUCCAGUACCAGAUGAGUUUCCACCAGUGCUGAAGUGGAGGAGGAAGCCGUCAGUGGCGUCUGUGGCGUCCUCUCUACCUGAUCUACUGGGAAACUCCACCAGCAGUCUGAGUGCUGUAGACACCCCCUUCCAAGCAGACCAACCUCUGGAGGAACAAGGUCUGGAAACCAAAAAGAUCCUCCUCUCAGAGACGAUACCAGAGUUGGGCCAGAUGGAGUACCAGCUACUGAAGUUCUUCAUCCUGCUCAUUAUCCUGCUCAUCCUGUCUUCAUGUUACCUGGCCUUCCGUGUCUGCAGCCUGGAGCAGCAGCUCUCUUUCCUAAGCAACAACCCUGCACUGACUCUCCGAGAAAGGUAACUGAUGGUCACCUGCUGCAGUUCACAGGACAGCCUGCCCAGCACUAGCACUCUCUUUCUCUCUCUGUUUUUGCACUAUGCAAAACAGACUAUGUUAUGUAUUGAAGCAGAGUUCUGCCUCAGAUUGUGUUGACAUUGAGACUGACUUACAGUAGGAGAACAAAACAGGAAGUGUUCUCAAAGCAAGCCGUUCUUUAUUACUGCACACAACAGGAUGAAAGCACCUGCCUCGCUUGCACAGGAUGCAGACCAGAUGCAAACCCUUGGAAGUGAUAUUAUGGGGAAAUAUUAUGCAAAACUUAAGUUUCUCCAAACAAAAACUGGGAUUUGUGGUCUCUUAAGUAUUGAAUGGUGUACAUAAAACUCAUAGAACGACAUUGAGUUAUAAAUAUUGUAUUUAUCGCUCAGGAUCCAAUACAGUGCAUUUAGAUUAGAUUAUUUUAUGUAUGCAAAACACAUAUGUCCCAGCCUUUCCAAUCAGAUUUAGUUGAGCAUCCUGAAAAUAUAGGCCUAUAUACAGUGUCUAAAUACAGUAUGAUCAGGAUUUAAUCAUUCUCACUAUGCGUUCAGAGCAUUACGAAUGUUAGCUCAAGUCGGUGUAAUAUGAUAUAUUGCCCUGACUGAGGGCAGAAUGUGUGGCAUAAUGAAUGUAAAAUAAUAUGGUUGCAAUAAGUAAAGAAUUCACAGGCAAUUUAAGAUAAAAAAUGGUGCACUGGUUUAAUGCACUUUUUAAAGGUUAUCACUGUGUAGUUGUUUUCUAAAGCACAUUGCUAUGCAUAAAGAGUCUUUAACAAUAAUAGUUAAUAUAAGUGAUGUUCAUCUUUUAUUCAUCAUCACAACUUGUACCUUUACAUGUUGCAUGACGAUUAAACUAUCAACUGUU